GGUAGAAGAAGAAAACGUUUUACAGAGAAAAAGAGGAAGAGAGAGCAAUAACAGAUAGGAGGGAGGCGGCUUGACGAUGAAGCUGUGGAAACGAGCUGCCGCCGCAAUCAAAGACCGGAAAAGCUUACUAGCCGUUGGUUUCUCACGGCGAAACAGCUCUUACCGGAACGCGGAUCUCGAAGCAGCUAUCAUCAAAGCCACCUCCCACGACGAUUCUUCCGUCGACUAUUCCAACGCUCACCGUGUCUACAAAUGGAUCCGUUCUUCUCCUCUUAAUCUCAAGACUCUUGUCUUUGCAAUCUCUUCUCGCGUUAACCACACGCGUAGCUGGAUCGUUGCGCUUAAAUCCUUAAUGCUUCUUCAUGGUGUUCUCUGUUGUAAAGUACCUUCCGUAGUUGGAGAGAUUCGUCGUCUUCCUUUUGAUCUUUCCGAUUUCUCCGAUGGUCAUUCUUGUCUUAGCAAGACUUGGGGAUUCAACAUCUUUGUUCGAACUUACUUUGCUUUUCUUCAUCAUUACUCUUCCUACUUGUCCGAUCAGAUUAACCGCCUCCGCUGUAACAACAGAAGAUCGUUGGAGAAAUUUGAUUCUGUGAUCCAAGAGCUUGAACGGAUUCAAAAACUCCAGUCGCUCUUAGAUAUGAUUCUUCAGAUUCGGCCUAUUGCUGACAAUAUGAAGAAGACUUUGAUCUUAGAAGCUAUGGAUUGUCUCGUGAUCGAAAGUAUCAACAUCUACGGUAGAAUUUGCAGCUCGAUUAUGAAAAUCCUUCCGUUGGCUGGAAAAACAGAGGCUGCAACGGUUUUGAAAAUCGUCCACAAGGCGACAUCUCAGGGAGAAGAUCUCCUCAUCUAUUUCGAAUUCUGUAAAAGUUUUGGUGUCUCAAACGCGCGAGAAACCCCUCAAUUCGUUAGGAUACCCGAGGAGGAAGUAGAAGCAAUCGAGAAAAUGAUCAAUAGCGUCCAAGAGAAGCCGAAGCCAGAGAAAGAAAAAGAAGAAGUAGAGGAUGAAAAAGCUAUUGUAGUGUUGGAGCAACCGAAGAAGCUGCAGACGAUCAUCACAGACAAAUGGGAGAUUUUCGAAGACGACUAUCGUUGUUUCGAUAGAAGAGACAACGAAUAUCAUCAAAAUCAUCUGCCUCUUAUAGUAACGAACCAACCAGUUUACAUCACUUACCCAAUGCCAGAUUUGAUUACCUUCUAGUGACAUAACAACAAUCUGGUAUAAGAUUGAUUUUUGUUUGGUUCUGUACAUAACACAUUUUUACCUGUAUCCGAGUAAAUUCAAAAAGAGGUA